CUCUGAAGCAUCGAGCGCUUCAAUAAGUCGCGUUAAUAUUUCUCUAAAAAGUUUUACAAACUAUUUUUGAUCCGUGGUAAUGACAAGUUACACAGACAAAGGUCCAAAGCCAGAAGCUGGAAAAUUCCUUAGCUUUGAUCACUUAACGUUUUACGUUGGAAAUGCUAAACAAGCAGCGAGUUACUAUACAACUCGUCUAGGCUUUGAGCCACUGGGCUAUCAAGGUCUUGAAACUGGAAAUCGGCGCUUUGCAAAACAUGCAGUAAGACAAAACAAAAUUGUUUUCGUUUUUAUCUCUGCGUAUAAUCCCGAUGAAAAGGAGCAUGGAGCACAUUUAAUGAAGCAUGGCGAUGGUGUAAAAGAUGUUGCAUUUGAGGUUGAUGAUUUAGAUGUGAUAUUCAAAAUUGCAAAAGAACGCGGCGCAGAAGUUCUACGUGAAAUUUGGCAGGAGGAAGAUGAAUUUGGAGUUGCACGUUUUGCUACAAUAAAAACAUAUGGUGAUACAACACACACAUUUGUAGAUCGUAGUAAAUAUCGGGGCGAGUUCCUACCAGGUUUUAAAACAGUGCUGAAAGACGUUCUACUGACUUCACUACCACCUACCAAAUUAAAUUUUAUUGAUCAUGUAGUAGGUAAUCAACCAGAUUUGCAAAUGGAGAGUGUUGCUUCAUGGUAUGAACGCAUUUUGCAAUUUCAUCGUUUUUGGUCAGUUGAUGAUUCACAAAUUCACACCGAAUACUCAGCACUGCGCUCUAUUGUAAUGGCCAACUAUGAAGAAACAGUAAAAAUGCCCAUCAACGAACCAGCCGACGGCAAAAAAAAAUCUCAAAUUCAAGAGUAUGUUGAAUUUUAUGGUGGCUCUGGCGUGCAACAUAUAGCACUUAAUACAAGUGAUAUUAUAACUGCAAUACGAAACCUUCGUGCUAGAGGUACAGAAUUCCUAACUAUACCCGAAUCAUACUAUGAGAUUUUAACAGAAAAUCUGAAACAUAGCAGAACUAAAAUCAAAGAAGAUAUGAAAGUUCUUAAGGAAUUAAAUAUCUUAAUUGAUUAUGAUGAAAACGGAUAUUUAUUACAAAUCUUCACAAAGAAUAUGCAGGAUAGACCUACGGUGUUCUUAGAAGUCAUUCAACGUCACAAUCACAAUGGGUUUGGUGCCGGUAAUUUCAAAUCAUUAUUUACUGCUAUUGAAAUCGAACAAGCCAAGCGAGGAAACUUAUAAUUUACAUUAAUUUUAUUAUAAAAUAUACAAAACGUAAUAUAUAUAUCACUUAAUUAUUAAUAAA